AUGCCCAGGUAUACGGUGCACGUGCGCGGAGAGUGGCUGGCGGUGCCUUGCCAGGAUGCGCAGCUCACGGUGGGCUGGCUGGGCCGGGAGGCCGUACGGAGGUACAUCAAGAACAAGCCAGACAAUGGUGGCUUCGCCUCGGUGGACAAUGUGAGCUUCCUCGUGCGCCGCUGCAAGGGCCUGGGCCUGCUGGACCACGAGGACCCGCUGGAGGUGGCCCUGGAGGACAACGAGUUCGUGGAAGUGGUUAUAGAAGGGGAUGCCAUGUCUUCCGACUUCAUUCCAUCGCAACCAGAAGGCGUUUACCUAUACAGCAAAUACCGGGAACCCGAAAAGUACAUUGCCUUAGAUGGGGACAGCCUGACCACAGAGGAUCUGGUCAGCUUGGGCAAGGGACACUACAAAAUCAAGCUCACCCCCACUGCUGAAAAGAAGGUGCAGAACUCCAGGGAAGUCAUAGAAAGCAUCGUGAAAGAAAAAACUGUUGUUUACGGCAUUACUACAGGUUUUGGGAAAUUUGCCAGAACUGUAAUUCCUGUCAGUAAACUAGAGGAGCUCCAGGUCAACCUAGUACGUUCACAUUCUUCAGGUGUUGGGAAACCACUAAUCCCUGAGAGAUGUCGGAUGCUCUUGGCUUUAAGGAUCAAUGUCUUAGCCAAAGGAUACAGUGGCAUUUCCCUGGAGACUCUCAAACAAGUUAUCGAAGUAUUUAAUGCCUCCUGCCUGCCCUAUGUUCCAGAGAAAGGAACUGUUGGUGCCAGUGGAGACCUUUCCCCACUCUCUCAUCUUGCUCUUGGGCUAAUUGGGGAAGGGAAGAUGUGGUCUCCGAAGAGUGGCUGGGCUGACGCUAAAUACGUCCUGGCAGCUCAUGGAUUGAAACCAAUUGUUUUGAAGCCAAAAGAGGGUCUGGCGCUCAUCAACGGGACGCAGAUGAUCACCUCCCUGGGCUGUGAAGCUGUGGAGAGAGCCAGUGCCAUUGCUCGGCAGGCUGACAUAGUGGCGUCCUUGACCCUUGAGGUGUUGAAGGGCACCACCAAAGCCUUCGAUACUGACAUUCACGCUGUUCGCCCUCAUCGUGGGCAAGUUGAAGUCGCUUUUCGGUUUCGGUCCCUCUUGGACUCAGAUCACCACCCAUCUGAAAUAGCAGAAAGUCACAGGUUCUGUGAUCGUGUUCAGGAUGCUUACACCUUGCGCUGCUGUCCACAGAUCCACGGUGUGGUGAACGACACAAUAGCAUUUGCGAAGAACAUCAUUACCACAGAAAUUAACAGUGCAACAGAUAAUCCUAUGGUCUUUGCCAGCAGGGGAGAGACUGUUUCUGGAGGAAACUUCCAUGGUGAAUAUCCAGCCAAAGCCCUGGACUAUUUGGCCAUUGGCGUCCAUGAACUUGCUGCAAUUAGUGAAAGAAGAAUUGAAAGGCUCUGCAACCCCUCCCUCAGUGAGCUGCCUGCCUUCCUGGUGGCUGAAGGUGGUCUGAACUCUGGAUUCAUGAUAGCCCACUGCACGGCUGCAGCCCUGGUUUCUGAGAACAAGGCUCUAUGCCACCCCUCGUCCGUGGACUCUCUCUCCACCAGUGCUGCCACGGAGGACCAUGUCUCCAUGGGAGGAUGGGCAGCAAGGAAAGCCCUCAGGGUCAUUGAGCACGUGGAGCAAGUGCUGGCCAUCGAGCUUCUUGCAGCCUGCCAAGGGAUAGAGUUUCUACGCCCUUUGAAAACUACCACUCCACUGGAGAAGGUCUAUGACCUGGUGCGCUCAGUUGUAAGGCCCUGGAUAAAAGAUCGCUUCAUGGCCCCGGACAUCGAGGCAGCGCACAGACUGCUCAUAGAGCAGAAGGUUUGGGAAGUAGCUGCACCAUACAUCGAAAAAUACAGAAUGGAGCAUAUUCCGGAAUCAAGACCUGUUUCUCCAACAGCAUUUUCAUUGGAAUUUCUGCACAAGAAAUCGACCAAAAUCCCAGAGUCUGAAGAUCUUUAA